GGCACACUGUCCCACCAACCCAUCAUCCACUUUGUUCCGAAGCCUCCACAACACAAGCGGCACAAGCGGCCAGUGCCAAUGGCGAUGAUGGUGAUGGGGAUGCUGGCGCGAUCAGUGCGCUCGGUUGCAGGUGCAGCAACUGCGACUGCAAGUGCGACGGCAAGUGCGAGGACAACUGUGAGGACAAUGGCCAGUGCGGCAGUGGCUCCAGCCAACAACAGCGCAGAAGCGGAUGUUCCCGUGUACACGCGCUUCCCCAAGUUCUACAUUGUGGACACUACGCUGCGUGAGGGCGAGCAGUUCUCCACGGCAGACUUUACGGGCUCAGACCGCGUGUACAUUGCCAAGUCCCUCGACAAGCUCGGCGUGGAUUACAUCGAGGUCGUCAACCCCAUGGCCAGCGCACAGGCGAGAGAGGAUUGCCGCAGGAUCAAGGAUUUGGGAUUGAAGGCCAAGGUCGUGGUGCACACACGGUGCCAUAUGGACGAUGUUCGCGCAGCGGUGGAGACGGGCGCAGACGGGGUCAGCAUGUACAUGGCCACCAGCGAAGCCCUUCGCAAACACUCCCACGGCAAAGGCGUGGACGCUGUCAUCGAAUCUGCGAGACAAGUCAUCAGCUUCGUACAGGAUGCUGGGCUUGAGGUGCGGUUCAGUUGUGAAGACACAUUCCGCAGCGACAAGUCCGAGCUGCUGGACAUAUACGCAGCGGUGGACGCGCUUGGGGUGGACAGGAUCGGGCUUGCCGAUACCGUGGGCGUUGCCCACCCGUUCCAAGUGUAUGAGACCGUGCGCGCUGUGCGAAGCAUCCUCAAGCCCAGCACAGGUAUUGAGUUCCAUACCCACGACGACACGGGCUGCUGUAUUGCAAACGCGCUGGUUGCACUUCAGGCGGGCGCCACCCACAUCAACACGUGUGUUCUCGGCAUUGGCGAACGAAACGGCAUCACCCCUCUUGGAGGGUUCCUUGCGCGCAUGUACACGCUGGACAAGGAUGCCGUGAAGGGGCGGUACAACCUGACUAUGUUGCGCAAUCUGGAACAGUAUGUGGCACGCUGCGCACGUGUCACAAUUCCAUUCAACAACUACAUCACGGGCGCCGCAGCGUUCACCCACAAGGCUGGCGUGCACUCCAAAGCUGUCAUCUCUGAUCCCGGUACAUACGAAGUCAUUGAUCCACAAGACUUUGGUGUUGACAGACACAUCAAGAUUGCGCACCGCCUGACGGGGUGGAAUGCACUUCGCCAGCGAGUGCAGCACCUCCGCCUCCCCAUCACCGACGAGCAGGUCAAGGUGGUGACGCGGCUCAUGAAGGACGCCAUGGAGACGACACCCUUCACCCUCGAGCAGAUGGAUGAGGUGCUGAUCACGGCGUCGCGAAACGGGUCGGAGUCCAGCAGCGCUGAUCUGCGGCGCCAGGCAGAGGCCGCACCCACGGCAGAACUCAAGGCUGCUCUUGCUGGCGCAGCAGAUGCGAUGAAGUCCUUUGAGGAGCAGGUGGCACGAGAGGCGCUCGCUGCUGUCGUGGACACCGCGCACAACACCAUGCCCACCGCAUUCGUCAAGGUCACCGGCCACCUCUUCGAUAAGGCUGUGUUGAACCGGCUGUUGGAUUUGGUGGUUGAGAGCCCUUGCUCGUUCCAAGUCAAGAAUCUGAUUGUGCCCGCAAACAACGAAUCCUACUCCUGGGCUGUGCUGCAGCUGUGGGGCACGAGUGGGGAUGAGGUGGCGGCUGUUGUUGAUGAGAUGCGCCAGCUUGUGGACGCCAACGCCGCCAUUGCGGACUGCACACUCGAGCGCGUGGCCGGCCCUGAUGGCGAACCAUUUGCACCCCCGACACAGCAGGAUGGUGGUCACAAUGGUGAUGACACCAGCGGUGACGACGACGACAGCAAUGACAACGACAGCGUCACCGAUGACAGUUUCAGCAGCGCGAGUGCCGCUGGUGCCAACAGCACUGAUGGUGAGCAUCCAAAGUGAUGAUUGGCGCCAGUUUUGUUGUGCACCCGCACGCACAAACACACACGAUGGCUGUUUGUGUGUCUGAGGAUUGUUUGGCGUUCUUCCACUACUGGCGUAUUGUGACCCGCUUGCAACCAACCAGCAUGCGCAGUGCCUUGUAUGUCACACGCGCAUUGUGGCACCACGACCUGACCCGUGCCCGCGUUCCCUCCUCCCUCUCAUCUCAGUUCAUGCUCACUCCAUACAUAGACGACACAAUUACAUCGGUAGAAGCACGG